AUCACAUCCUCACCAAGCAAAAACUUUCCACAUCUUUAGCUAAUUCUUUGUGUAGCAUAUCAAUAUUAUUCAGAAUGGUUCUCCAAACUCAACUAGGGUUGAACCAGCAACAAGCUUACUCCCACGAGCAAAACUACUAUUCUGACAGUAACCAUGGCCAAAUGAUGAGGCCUUCGGGUUAUUGUUCCACCAUGCCAUUUUCUCAGUCGACUCACAAUAGUCACAUGAUGGGCCAUGGUGGACAUUAUGGAAGCCAUGGACAUGGACAUGGCCACUAUGGUAGUCAUGGCCAUCAUGGGCAUAUGCCACAUGAUUCAACCAACUUCUCAAGCAGCACCACCAUGGUCCACAAUGAUGGUGGCUAUGGUAGUGGGAUGCAACAAUCUUCCCAUGCCCAUAUGUCGUCCAUGGGCGCCACGGGACAUCAUGGUCAUGGUUACGGUGGCAGCCACCCGAGUGGCUACGGUCAGAGCCAGAAUUUCAACUGGGCUCACAAGAAUAUGGAUGAUUAAUCAAAAUAAUUUUGAUGUAUUAUGUUCUGAAAGUAUGUGUGAUUUUGGUAGUGGCUUUGGCUAUAGCAAGUCUCCUACCUAAAUAAGUAAUGUAUUUACAAUCUGCUUUUAUGGCUUAUAUUGUUAAGCUUAAGACAAAUACUAAAAGGCUUUUAUUACUA